AUGAGCCUUUCCCAGCGUCUUUUGGUCGCUGACGCCCAUAGGCAGUUUCGCGAAGAAAUCGAAGGAAACGUUGAGGACGAGGAUAGAGAGGCGAGUGGUUCUGAAGCGCCUAGCCUUGUCGUAAGACCCAGGAGACGGGCUCAUCGGAGGGCUCGUAUCGACCAGUCAGACCGUCUUCCCGCACCGAGAAGUGUUCCGUUCGACGAAGUAGACUGCCGUCCUGUGAUAUACCACCCCGGUGGGAUUUUCGAAGAACUACCUUCGCUGCCUCCCGAAGCGUUACGCGACCCGCGAGUUCAAUCGUGGGGAAACGUUUUCAGUUCCUGUUCUUCCAACGAGACCGUGAAGAAUUUGCUAAGGGAGAAUGGUGGCGCUGGAGUCACCUUCCUCAUUCCGUCAACCGAUCAGCGGCCGUGGUCGCCACCGGUUGGUUACCAGUGCGUGUACGAAUCUUACUUCAAGGAUCAGACAAAGCUCUGGUUCCCAAUCCCCAGACUGAUCACGUCUUACGCGUUUCGUCGGGACAUCGCCAUUUCUCAGCUGCUGAACGGGUCGCUGCGCAUAGCUGUCAUGUUGAUGGUUAUGACAGCGGAGAUGGAUGUUUCGAUGAGUGUGAGGGUGUUCGAGGAGCUGACUUUCACGAAGGCGGAGCCGAACGGGAUCUUUUCAGUAAAGAUGCGAGCGAGUUACAACGUUUUGACCGGUCAUCCCAACAAGACGCAGGAUUGGCAACGCGCAUACUUCUUCAUUAAGUCCAACGAGCAUGCCUUCGAGGAGCCGCCGGGGGACGAUUAUCGCGUUUUAUGGAAUCAGCAACUUGUUCGUCAUCCCAAUACAAUUGCCUAUCCCGAGAAAUUCUUCGAAACUGCCCAACUGAUCGCGACGCAUAGUCAUCUCAGGUGGCCGGAUCUUAGUCGGGAGUGGAUACGUCGGCAGCAAGCAAGGAUCGCUAGAGUUGAUUGGGAAUCGAGACUUCCUUGUGUACUCGGUCCCCGCAAGUCACGUCUCUCCCUGUUUACUCGGAAACAACAAAAGCUCCUUAACCAAGCUAGAAAUAUGGAGGGAGUUCCCGACUUGAGUGCCCUAUUGAAAGGGAGGCUUCAAAUGCUCUCAACGAAGUCGUCUUCUGCCGGUGCCUCAGAGGUCAGGCCUGUUCCCGCAGAUGGAGAUGUGAACUCUGAGGCGCCAGCUCAGAGUUCCCCAAAGAAGAAGGCCAGUAAGGCCAAGAAAAGGAGUGUCCCUUUGGAGGAGGCACCAUCCUCUGCUGAUGUCUCUGAAGUCGCUGCUAAGAAGAAGAAGAAGAAAAAGGGGAGCAAGAAAAGAGGUGGGGGACCGGCUACUGAAACCGGAGAUGGCUCACGGGAUGAAUCUCCGUUGAGUAGGGGAACCCCUUCUUCUUCUGAGAGGAAGACUGGUGUGGAAAGCGGAGGUUCGCUUCCACAGAAGGCGGGAGGAGGAAUUCGCUUUCCGGAUCGCGUAGAGUUCCUUUACGACGAGGCGACUCCGUUGGUUCUGAAUCCGCUUCAAUGUGCUGAACUGACCCGUCAGAUCCGUGGUGGGACCAAAGAGUUGCCGCCGAUCGACGACUUGUACUUCAAAAAGGAGUACAUUGACGCGGCUAUGGCGAGCAAACGGAGUGACGGAAGCAUGAACUAUCUCGUUGAGAAGUACGACACCACCUUGAAGCAGACGAUGGUUCAGCUGGGCGCCUCGGAGAAGCUCGCACGAACCAGGUUGGGUGUGAUCGAGAGGUUACGCGAGAAAACUCGCUUAGAGCGGUUGGUCGCUUCCCUCGAGAAAGAGAAGGCCGAGCUCGAGGAAGAGAGGGAUGCUGUCGUUGGAACGCUGGUCAAAGAGAGGCAACGUCUGAGGGACUCUAGGGUUCAGGAGGUCACCCGCGAGAGGAUCAAGGUUCAAACGGCUAUGGCGGACAAGUCUACUCGCUGUGUAGGUAAGAUGAAGGGCUAUCUGGAUCGCCUUAACGCGCUAGAGAAGGCCAAGAAUCUAUACGGGCAGGCUUCGGGGACGAAAAAGUGCCUUGAGAUGAUAAGAGAUAGCGGGACCGAGAUCCCGCAGAGUAUGAUCGACAUCUUUUCGGAGCAGGAGAAGGUGCAUGAGGCUGAAAUCGCCAAACUCCGCCUCGAGCCAUUCUCCGAGGAUGACUUUGCUCUCUCUCCUCUCAACCUCCCUUCUCGAUUUGUAAGUGAAGAGCUCGUGGGGGUACUCGACCCGUACGGGUCGAAUGUUGGAACUGCCAUCGAGGAGCGUCCCGACAGAAACGAUCCCGAGGAGGCCGGGGACGCGAUUCCAGAAGACACAGGGGAUGUAGCCACCGAAGAUCCGGUCCUGGUUUCUUCGUCUGAGGAGCGAGAAGAGGACGAGGUGGGUGAGGAGGAGAACAGGUCGUCGCCGGCACUUAUCGAAGAGACGGUCCCGAUCCCGUCAGUUUCAGACCCUCCUGCUCAGGUCGAAGGCCUUGACGCUCAAGCCGUUGAAGAAGAAGUGGUUGAACCGCUUGACCCGAGCAGGGACGACCAAGACAUUGUCGUUUGA